AUGGUUCCUGCAGGAAGACUUCAAAACCAUAGCCGUGACCUCUUCCUUGGGAUCAAGGCAAACGCACACAACUGGAGUAGGAAUAUUGUUGCUAGUCCGUUAGGCAUGGAUCUGACCGCCGUGCAGCGUGGCCUUCAGUCAGCACAGCGCGCUCCUCGUUAUCAUAUACCCCUCCCAAACGACAAACAAAGGCGAGAUCACCUGUAUAGCAAGCUGGGUACCCAUCCCUCCCUUCAUGGAUCUGAGAGGCUUCUUCGAGAGUCAAGCGUCUUCAGCUCCACCUACUCAGCCUCUGAUCACACAGACACGACCCAAUCUCCGGUAGCAUUGCUUCCCGUUGUCUCCGCAAACAAUUGUGACUCCGCGAUUUCACCUCGAACAGCUUCACAUACUGUAUCACAUAUGCGUCAGCAAGCACCAGCACUAGCUAUGGAUAAAUCGCAGAAAGAUAUACGUUCCAAGGGCAAGAAGGGCAAGAAGGUCAACACUUCUAGUGUAGAUCGAGUGGGACGCAGUUCGCAUGCUGAUACAAACACCCAGUCCGGUUACGUUAUCAACCAGCGUUCGAUAAUGGCGCAGAAUGCACAGAAGCGGCAUAAUGGGACUGCUCUUAAUCUCUCAAACUUCAACGCACAAGAGCAGAAUCAGACCUUGAAUCUCAGCCAUAACGCACCAAGCCCCACACCGAGCGCUGACGAGAAGCACCUUGGAGGAAGUGGCACGCGUCGUAACCAACCAAAUUGA